UUGAUCACAGCUGACCUGACUCUGGGUUGCCCAUGUUCUACUGCUGGUCAAGAAGGUCUGCUGUCUUCACCACGUUCCACUAUGAGAACACCACUGAUACGAUCGUGACAGGAAGUAUGACCUCAUUCUGCUGCCCUGCCUCUAGUUAAGAAGUCUGAUUUUGAAAGUAAACAAGGUCUGUGAGGCUGACUCUCCCAAGAAUGACAAGCUCGUCUAUUCUAGGAAACAGCCGAAAGAUCCAGAGGCCACCACCGAAGAACUAAACUGUGCUGUGGAUGCCUACACACAGGAGGGAUGUGGGCAGUUUCCACCAGAAGGGGAGAUGGGAUUCCCUUUGUGAAGUAACUUCUGCACCUGUUGACAUUCUGACGGGACUUUCAGCUGAAGAAUUGCUGGGUCCAGAUUUCUGCACUGCCAACCACGGGGAAGCUUCGUAUUUCAGCAAUCAUCCUGUCAUUUAUCAGUUGGAAGAAGAGCCUGGGGACUCCCUGUGGAGGAAUAUAAAAAAAAAUCUGUGAAGUUUGAACGAGCGGACUUCUCAAGAUGUACCGAGUCUCUCAACUGAUGUCGACACCAGUAGCAAAUUCCUCCAGGUCAAACAGAGGACUCUCUGGAGAGCUGUCCCCAACGUGCCUUUUCCAAAGCUUUGGUUGUGACUUCCUGGAUGGAGACAUUUCUUUUGAAUGCUGCUCCAUAGAUCCCCUGACAGGCUCCCACUAUGUCUGCCGCAGAAGCCCCCGACUCCUCACCAAUGGCUACUACAUUUGGACUGAGGACAGUUUCCUCUGUGACCCAGAUGGCCACAUCACUCUGAACCCCUCACAUACCAGUGUUAUGUACAAGGAGAACUUAGUUAAAAUAUUUAGAAAGAAAAAGAGAACCCACCGUUCUCUUUCUUCUCUCUUGGACCUCAGAGCCUCUAAAUCGUGGCUGCAUGGAAGCAUCUUUGGAGAUGCCGACUCACCUCCAAGUGAGGACACCUGGCUGGAGGGCAUCAGGAGCCUGGGGAGUGAUCUGGACUGUUCUUCUCUGAGUGAUGGCUGGGAGUCUCAGAAGCCAACCACAGACAUUCUAGAAGCCUCUUCUGGCCAUGUUCUGUCUCAGCAUCUCCAAGAAAGCUCCCAGAAUUGUUCUCUUCAGCCUCAGACGAAAGCAUCAGGACAUUUCCAAAAGAACAUUCUGGCGCAUUCAAAAGCCAACCUGAUGCACAAGGUCUCCUUUCAGGCAACCCUGCUAGCAGUGUGCUUAAUCGUUUCUGCAUGUGCAAGAUGGUAUGGAGGAGAAUUAGCCAGCAUCUUUACCUGUGCAUUGAUGAUCACAGUAGCUUGUGUUGUGAAGUCACUGUUUCUCGGCCUUGCCAGCUAUUUCAAAGCCUGUGCUAAAUUUGACAGCACUUGAAGAAUCCUGGUGAUGAAUGUCUUCAAUCUGAAUAUCCAGAAACAGUAAUUUGUAGUCUGCUUGGAAUGAAUCAACCACGUUAUUGGAAGGGAAUGAGCAAAUGGAUAACUGAGGGAAAAAAAAAAAAAAAACAACUUUAAUUUGACAAUGUAAUUUCUUUCUAAAAUCUCAAUUUCCAUAUGUAAUAGUAAUUGGUUCAUGACAUUAAUAUUAAAUUUUCUUUCAUUCACAAACGCUGUCAGUCGAAAGGGAAGGGACAAGGGAACAUAACAGAGCAGAGGCCACCUGGAGUAAUGCUCCCUUGUUAUCCCUAAGGUGGUGGACCUGGAACAUUAAUUUUAAUUAGAGAAUUUUGUGAGAGGCUUGGAACAUGAGUGUCUCUGGUCUGCUAGCAUGCAGCUAUGCUUUGCUGACCUGCUUUAACCAAACAAUGCAAGCAAGCUUAUAUAAUUAAUACACGCUGCAUUGGAAAUAGGCACAGUUUGCACAUAUAAUGUUGCAAAAAUUCAUCCCCUUUGAAACAUGCAUUGAUGUUAGAUGGUGAUAAGAGGUGCUGUGGUUUGUCUCCAAAUGUCCAUGUGCCAAAACCUUGAUUGUCAGUGUGACCAUGUUAAAGAGGUGGUAGGACCUUUAAGAAAUAGGACCAGUGGAAUAUUCUUGGUCAUUGGGGAGCUUCCCUCAGAAUGUAUAAACAGUCAGACCCUCAGUCUGGCUCUGGCUUUCUGUCCUGCUAUAUGAUCUCUUCCUCUCACAACUCCCUUGUGAUGUUAUGCUAUCUACCUUGAAAUCAAGACUACAAUGAAGCAGAUGCUGGCACCAUGCAUUUGAACCUCCAGAACUGUGGGCCAAAGGACUCCUUUUUCAUUACUAAGUAUUCUGCCUUGGGUAUUUUCAUUUUAGUGAUGGGAAACAAAGAGAGUAGUUGAUCAUUGAUGGAAAAUGGGCAGGAGAGAGCUGUUUUU